CGGGUCUGAGACAAGAAAAAGGGGGAGCUUCGGGGUCUGUAAGGGCUGUCCCUGUGUGGGAGUCUGUUCCUAGUGGCUAUGGCUUUGCACGGGUAUAGAGCCAGCUACUGGUACCACCAGAUUCGGUGGAAGCCUACGUCCGGGGAGGGGCCCCGGAUCACGACUAUACUCAACUACGAUGGGGGAGACGAGCUAAGACUGAGGAUCAACGUGGAGGGAGGAAAAGAGGAGGAGAUGCGGACUGAUGGAAAGUUACAGGAUGCUAUUACGGAGACGAAGGACCGUGUGGAGAGGCGCUGCAAGAGGGACGGCGUGACAGCGAAAAUGCAGGUGACGGUCUCGUAUCAUGAGACCGAGACCUCAAUGGACACGGCGGAGUGGGAGCAGGCCCAGCUGGAACGAGACUUAGGUGGGGAGAGUGAGGUGAGCGAGGCGGAGGACCCGGAGACGGACCUCAGGUCCUGGAUCAGACCAGGCGAGAUCCAGAGGCAUCACCGGGCUGCAAAGCCGGUGGAAGAGGGACCUGAGGCCAGCUCGCGACAGCUGACGCCCAGAGGUUGCGGGACGGGGGAGAAGACGAGCAAGGGGAAAGAUAGACAUCCAGGAGGUAUGAGGCUUCUUGCUCUUAAACACGAUGAGAAGAUGAAGAUUGAAAAGAAGAAAAAGGUCAAUGUGAAUGUUCAUUUCCUCAUUGGAGACUUGCCUGAUGAACUGGUACAAAGAGCAAGUGACCCUUAUACCACGAUUGAGUUGUCUCUGCAGUCCUUAACACUGACAGAGUGUGAGCCUAGCGAGGCAUCAACAAAACCUCUGAGGGAAAUGGUAAGGCAAGGUGCUAAUUUAGCAUGGAAUGAUAAAAGACAAGCUGCAGCAGAAACGUUGCAAGAAAAACUAAGAGAUGGUGGUGUAGUGCUGGGAGUGCCAUGUUAUGAUGACGAGGAGACAAGACCUUUCAUCAUUGAGGCGGAUGGAGGAUCAGUUGCUCUGGAAAGAUGAAAAUGAGAGAGAAAGACUUCUAAGAUUUGAAAGCAGAACCCUCAAUUCUACUGAAAGAGACUACACCCAAUUCAGGAAAGAGUUACUGUCGAUCAUCCAUAGGCACAGGUGCUUCAGGUACUACGUUUUGGGAAGGAGAUUCAUCCUGAGGAUUGAUGCAUCUCCUGUGAUUGGUGUCAUUAAAAAGCACCAACAGGUAGAUCGAACGAUCAGUAGAUGGAUCGUCUUGAUAUAUGAUUUUAAGCUGGAAAAGAUCCUCACUGAGAAAAACAGAGCGGAUGGCUUAAGCCGGAUCGAAAGUGGCGAGAGGAAGAAGAAGAAGAUGUGAAUGAAACAAUUGAAGAAUC